AUGUCGACAACGUCUCUCAUCCUCCUCAUCACCGCCAUCGCCGUCACCCCAAUCUACUCCGCCCAAUCGUCCGGCGCCGUGAAAGUCGGCGACGACUGUGACCUGGGUACCCGUCACCGUAUCGGUAAAGGAAGUUACUACGAGGAAUGCGUCUCGAAAUACGAGACCGCCGGCUGUUUCGCCAGUUGGGAGACCGACGAAUCAGCUCAAUUCGUGAAACACAGUGAGACAAUCGAUCGAAUGUACAAGAACAACGCCGUCGGAUUCCGUUACAAGUGUGAAAUGUCAAAUGGAUACAUCUCGUUCGCCCCGAUUGGUUGUGUGCUCAAUAAGAAGGAUGGGCUCGAAUUGUUGGAAUUGAAUGCGAGUGGACAAUUGGAUAACGGACAGAAUGUCAAGUGUAAGCAGAAUAACGAAGGAGAAUUCAGUUUCGAGUUUGGAUCCGAGGCUGCUGCUGGUGCCAACUCGCAAUGA